GUUAGAAAUUCAGACAACUCUUCACUCUUCCUCACAUUCAAACGCACCAGACAAAACGAAGAACAAACCCUAGAGAGAGAGAAACAGAAAACCCAGUCAUAAAGAAACCCUUUUUGGUGCAAAAGCUCACUUUUCUAGCCUAAUUUUAGGGUUUCAACCAAAUUUUCUUCUAAACCGAGAACCCCGUAUAAAUAAAAAAUGAUGUCCCUUACUCCUGAUCAAUUCAGAAAAGUGGGUAUGGGGGUAACGCCAUCUCCAUCGCCAUUUCUCACGCCUAGACCAGAAAGGCGUCGCACAGAUCCACGUGGGUUUGAUUUGAACUCGAGUCGGCAAGACAGAGAUCGAGAGGUUAAUGUUCAAGUUUUGCUUAGAUGCAGGCCAUUAAAUGAUGAUGAGCAAAGGUUGAAUGUGCCAAGGGUGAUAACAUGUAAUGAACAUAAAAGGGAAGUCACUGUUUUGCAAAGUCUAGCGAACAAGCAAGUAGAUAGAGUUUUCACCUUUGACAAGGUUUUUGGGCCCAAAGCACAACAAAGAUCAAUAUAUGACCAAGCCGUUGCUCCUAUUGUUAAUGAAGUUCUUGAUGGCUUCAAUUGCACUGUCUUUGCAUAUGGGCAGACAGGCACUGGUAAGACAUAUACAAUGGAGGGAGGGAUGAGAAAUAAGGGUGGUGAUUUGCCUGCUGAGGCUGGUGUCAUUCCAAGAGCAGUUCGCCAAAUUUUUGAUACACUGGAGGCACAGAAUGCUGAUUAUAGUAUGAAAGUGACCUUUUUGGAGCUUUAUAAUGAAGAAGUAACUGAUUUGCUAGCUACUGAAGACAAUUCAAGAUCUUUCGAUGACAGGCAAAAGAAACCCAUUUCUUUAAUGGAGGAUGGAAAAGGUUGUGUGGUUGUAAGAGGCCUCGAAGAAGAAGCUGUUUACAGUGCAAAUGAAAUUUAUACCCUUUUGGAACGAGGAGCGGCUAAAAGGCGUACAGCAGAUACAUUGUUAAACAAGCACAGCAGCCGUUCUCAUUCUGUAUUUACCAUAACUGUCCACAUAAAAGAAACAACUGUUGGAGAUGAAGAGCUCAUUAAAUGUGGCAAGCUUAAUCUUGUUGAUUUGGCAGGAUCAGAAAAUAUUUCUCGUUCAGGUGCACGGGAGGGUCGUGCGCGAGAAGCGGGGGAAAUAAAUAAGAGCUUGCUCACCCUGGGCCGUGUCAUAAAUGCGCUUGUAGAACACACUUCUCAUAUACCUUACAGAGAUAGUAAACUAACUAGGCUGCUAAGAGACUCACUGGGAGGCAAAACAAAAACUUGCAUCAUUGCAACAAUAUCUCCUUCUGCUCAAUGUCUAGAGGAAACUUUGAGCACACUUGAUUAUGCCUACCGUGCUAAAAGCAUCAAGAAUAAGCCAGAGGCGAAUCAAAAAAUGUCUAAGGCUGUGCUGCUCAAGGAUUUAUACUUAGAAAUUGAGAGAAUGAAACAAGAUGUACGAGCAGCGAGGGAAAAGAAUGGUGUUUAUAUCCCACAUGAAAGACACGUUCAGGAUGAAGCUGAAAAGAAGGUGAAGAACGAGAAGAUAGAGCAACUGGAGAUUGAUCUAAACCUCAGUGAGAAGCAAGUCGAUAAACUUCGUGAGCUUUAUCUCACUGAGCAAGAGGAGAAAUUAGACUUAAAAAGUGAGCUUGGGGAUUGCAAGAGAAAACUGGAAAACAGUAACAAGGCCUUGCAAGAUCUUCAAGAGAACCACAGGAUAGCCAUUUCAACGCUGAAGGAGAAAGAGCUUGUCAUCUGCUCGCUUCUGCACUCAGAAAACUGUCUAAUUGAACGUGCGAAGGAGUUGCGUGCCAACUUGGAAAAUGCAUCUGAGGAUAUAUCAGCAUUAUUUGCAAAAUUAGAUCAGAAAAAUAGAUUGGAAGCAGAAAACCAAGGACUGCUUCUGACUUUUGGUUCACAGCUUGAUCAGAACUUAAAAGACCUUCACAGGACCUUCCUGGGAUCGGUUUCUGAACAACAACAACAGUUAAGAUGCAUGGAAGAGCAUAUCCACUCGUUUCUUGCUAGCAAAUGCGAUGUAACCCAGGUACUGGAGUCGAAGAUAAAGAAAAUGACAGAGAUAUAUACUACAGGAGUGGAAUCUUUGAAGGAGCUUUCUGACACACUACAAAUGAAGGCUUCUUCUGACAUGGAUCAAAUUAAGUCUACAAUAUCAUGCCAAACAAACGCAGUUGAGAAUUUUUUCAAAACUGCGGUUUCGGAGGCCAAGGAUGUCAUUUCUGAGAUUCAAAAUUCUCUUAAUGAACAAAGGCAGCUAUUGGCUGUCUCUGCCAAACAACAAGAAGAGGGAUUACAUCGGAGUAUGGUUUCAGCACAAGUGAUCUCUAAGGCAACAGUUGAUUUUUUUAGUGACCUCAACCAUAGUGCUUCUAAACUCAUGACAGUUCUUGAAGAAAGCCAAAUUGAUAAGUCCCAGCAAUUGGCAACUUUUGAGAAGAUGUUUAAGGAAGAGACUGCUAGGGAGGAGAAACAGGCCAUGGAAAAAAUUGCAGCAAUAUUAUCGGAUCUGACAACUAAAAGAACAGCUAUGGUUUCAGAAGCUUCGAGAAACAUUCAGGACUCGAAUAUACAAGGGAAUAAAAGAUUGCUGCAAGAGAUGUUCAACAUGCAACAGGUUUCAGCUGAUGCAAAGGAGGAGUUGAAUCAAUAUGCAGAAAAGGUGAAGAGUCACUUCUUGGAAGACACUUUCACAUCAGCUGAAACGAAAGCUACUAUUGAAAAUUGCCUCCAGGAAUGCACAACAAAGGUGGAUUACUCUAGGCAGCAGUGGGAAAAUGCAGAGUUAUAUAUCAACCAUCUCAAUAAGAGCAGUACUGCAGAGAUGGAAUCUACUGUAAAGGCAAAAAUUUGUGCAAAUCAAGCUGCACAUGAAGAAUUCGUCUCCACAUCCUCAUCCAUGGUUUUGGAUUUCGAAGCCAAAGCUUGUGACAUCAGUGCAUCUGUGAAUGAUUCCUUGAGGCUAGACCAUGAAUCUAAGAAGGAAAUGGACUCCAUGUCUACUUUGUGCUUGGACCAACUCAACUCUGUACGAGAAAAGCAUAGUGAAAGCAUAUCAAAUAUCCGAAACAGAGCAGAGCAGUGCCUUAGGAAAGAAUAUUUGGUUGAUCAGCAUACCAGUGGGACUCCUAAGAAGCAAGUACUUGCAGUCCCCAGCCUGGCAUCCAUUGAGGAGAUGAGAACACUGGCCUUUGAAGAUCUCACGGAAAACAUUACUUCAGAUAACAGACCAAAAUCUGGUAGUAAUACCGGAAGCAAGAUUCAGCAACAGCAACAGCAGCCAUCACCAAAUAGAACUCCUUUUGCAGACGUCAAUUGAUUAUGAUUAGCACAUUUAGGCAAUUAGCAGCUACGAUUGUUGUAUAUUGUUGAAUGAAUCUUCAAGUUCAAAGGAAACUGCUCUCAUCAACUGAUGAGUAAUGUUGAAUCUGAUCCGAUGAUAUGGCUUCUAGUAAUUUGCUCUAAAGAAAAGAGAUUGUUUGUUUAGAACAAAGUACUA